AUGGAGCCCUGGAUUCCCCAGCGGCCGCCGCAGCCGCCGGGGAGGCCCCCAGCCCCGUCCCAGGGCCCAGACCGAGGCCUUCGGAGAGAUGGGCACCAUCGGCCUGUUCCUCACUCUUGGCACAACGGAGAGAGGUUCCGGCAAUGGCAAGACACCCGUGGGAGCCCCCAGCCACAGCAGGACCCCAGGACAGAUCACCAGCAGCCUCAUUACGUGCCCAGGCCCGGGGACUGGCACCCGCCUGUGGCCGGCGUUGACUAUUACGAAGCGGGUUACCCCCCUCACUUGUUGUAUUCCAGGCCGGGCUUUGAGGAUCCGUAUCAGAGGUAUCACUCUCCAGCUCUAAGGGAAGACUAUGCUUAUGGAAGCUAUUACUACCACGGGCACCCACAGCAGCAACCAGAAGAAAGAGUGCCAAGGCAAGCGAGUCCUUACAUCCGGCAUGAAGAUUACCGGGACCAAAAGCACCUCAAUGAACAUCAUCGUGAAAACCAGAAUAGUCCUUUUGGAACAAACAGUGAGACCCAGUUCCAAUCUCAGAGUGGCAACCCUUAUAAAGACAGCCCUGCUUCUAACUCUGGACAGGAGAGGCCUGGGGACCUGUUUCCAGAGAGUCUGCUAACCGGGGCCCAGAAGAAUAAGCCAUCACUGCCCAACGACUCCAACCUUCUCCGGCAGCAUGAGUCUGGUCUCAGCUCCAGUGGCUACGAGCUCAGUCAGUACAUGGCAGAUGCCUCCGAGCUGUAUGACCCCAUGGCUUCAACAGCUUGGAGACCAGUUCAGGCUGAGGAUGUCUCUGCAGCUGGUCCCAAGGAACCCAUGAAGUUCUAUGUCCCCCACAUGCCUGUGAGUUUUGGGCCAGGAGGGCAGUUGGUGUGUGUGUGUCCCAGCUCUCCCAGUGAUGGGCAAACGGCCCUUGUUGAACUGCACAGCAUGGAGGUUAUACUUAACGAUUGUGAGGAACAAGAAGCAAUGAGGACUUUCUCAGGGCCCCUGAUCAGGGAAGAUGUCCACAAGGUGGACAUCAUGACAUUUUGCCAGCAGAAAGCAGCUCAGAGCCGCAAAUCCGAGCUGCCAGGCAGCAGAGACUCAGCUCUACUGUGGCAACUGUUGGUUCUCCUUUGCCGGCAGAAUGGGUCCAUGGUGGGCUCUGACAUCGCAGAGCUGCUGAUGCAGGACUGCAAGAAGCUGGAGAAGUACAAGCAGCAGCCGCCUGUGGCCAACCUCAUCAACCUGACCGAUGACGACUGGCCCGUGCUCAGCUCAGGGACCCGGAACCUGCUCACCGGGGAGGUGCCCCCCAGCGUGGAGACGCCCGCGCAGAUCGUGGAGAAAUUCACUAAGCUGCUCUACUACGGGAGGAAGAAGGAAGCCUUGGAGUGGGCCAUGAAGAACCAUUUGUGGGGCCACGCUUUGUUCCUGUCCAGCAAGAUGGAUGCAAGGACCUAUAACUGGGUCAUGAGUGGCUUCACCAGCACCCUGGUGUCCAACGACCCGCUGCAGACCCUCUUCCAGCUCAUGUCGGGGAGGAUCCCGCAAGCAGCCACGUGUUGUGGAGACAAGCAGUGGGGAGACUGGAGGCCUCACUUGGCUGUGAUUCUGUCGAAUCAGGGUGGGGACACGGAGCUGCACCAGCGCACGAUCGUCACCAUGGGGGACACGCUGGCUGGGAAGGGGCUGGUGGAGGCAGCUCACUUCUGCUACCUCAUGGCUCACGUGUCCUUCGGCUACUACACGGUGAAGACAGACCGCCUGGCCCUGCUGGGCAGCAGCCACAGUCAAGAGUUUUUGAAAUUUGCAACCACUGAGGCUAUCCAGAGGACGGAAAUCUUCGAGUACUGUCAGAUGCUGGGCCGCCCCCAGCCCUUCAUCCCUUCUUUCCAGGUGUAUAAACUCCUUUAUGCUUCCCGGCUGGCAGAUUACGGCCUUGUGUCCCAGGCCCUGCAUUACUGUGAAGCCAUCGGCACGGCCCUCCUUAGCCAGGGAGAGAGCAGCCACCCUGUGCUGUUGGUGGAACUCAUCCAGCUAGCAGAGAAACUGAGGCUGUCAGAUCCUCUGCUGUUGGAGAGACGCCGGGGAGAGAGGGACCUGGAGCCAGACUGGCUCGUGAGCCUGCGGAAGCUGCGCAAGGAGCUGGAGCAAAAGGCAUCCGGAGGCACUGAGGACCCCCAUUCUGCUCACUCAGAUAUUUUGGGAGCCCGAGGAACAACAGAAAACACCUUGUACCAGGAUCUUCCGGGACGUCAUGGUGACUCAGAGGCCACUGGGGACCCCUCAGCCUUGUGGCCGACAGUGGAACCCAUAGGCCCGGCUUGGCCCAGCCCACAGCAGCCUUUUCCCCUCCAGCCAGGCUCCUACCCAGCAGGAGGAGAUUUGGGACAGACGGGGGUCCCGGUGCCUCUUUACUCAGUUCCUGAGACCCGUCUGCCAGGCACUGGUGGCAGCAUGGCAGUGACAGAGGCUCCCGGAGGAAGGACCUGGGAGGAGACCCAGCAGACACACCUGCCCCCUGGAGAGAACACAGCAUCUCAAGAAACCUUCCAGCGUCCUGAUGGUCAAACGGUGGCUUCCAAACCACAGGUGCCACUGACUCCCAGAGCACGAAACAUCUCCGAGAACUCCACCGUGUCAGCCACGGAGGAGGAGGAGUCCUCGGACGAGACAGAUAAAACGUCUCCCCCGAACGCUGCCCGGCGAGGAAAGGUAGGAGAUGGGAGGGGACCCGCGGGCUCAGGCUUUGGCUGGUUCAGCUGGUUUCGCUCGAAGCCCACCCACAGUGCGUCCCCCUCUGGAGACGAAGACUCCUCUGACAGCCCGGACUCAGAGGAGGCCUCCAGAGCAUCUGCUUCCCUCGAGACUGGCUCAGGCCCCUCACUGACACCUCUCCCAGAGCCCCAGCCUCUGCCAGCUGCCAGCACCUUGUCCAUGGGCACAGGUGGAGGUGAAGUCCCAGGACCAGCGACCAGUGGAGGAACCGCUGAGGUCCCUGGGAACGGAGGCUUGUCUGGGCUCCAGGGUGUUUCCUCGGAGCCCUACUUCAACCAUGGUGCCCUGCUUCCCCCACCCACCUUGAAAGGGGCUGUUCCUCUCUACAACCCGUCUCAGGUCCCCCAGCUCUCCACGGCCACUAGCCUGAGCCGGCCCAGCCGCCUCGCGCAGCGCCGCUAUCCCACCCAGCCGUGA